AGUGAUCCGAAUCCUCUUGAUCCUAAUAGAGAUCUACUUUGGGUUAAGAAUUGGGUACGAACUGAUGAAUCUGUGAGUUUCACACAACAACAGAUAGAACAACAGCAUGAAGUUCAAAAACAGAACACUAUUCGCCAAUAUGAGCUCCUAAGUGGUAUCUUGCAAAACCCUGAGGCAACUCCGAACAUUACCGCCUCGUUAUUUUCUAAUAAUGAUAAUACUAGUUCUGUAUUUCAGGCUCCUGACGCUAUCCAUUUUUUAGCUGGCAUGGAGAAUGUCAAGCUUCAUUUUAUGGAAAUUAGUUUCAAAGUUGAUCCGGAUUUUUCCAAUGUCGCUGAUGAAUUUUCUCACGCAAUCCAAACACUAUAUGAAUUUACAAGAAAAGGAAAAUUUCCAAUAAACUAUUAUAUAGUUAUUAGAAUAAUAAAAUCAACUGAAGCAUUAUUAUCUACUACUUUCAAUCAUGAUCCAAAGACGUUGUAUUGUCAAAUAAACUUUGCAGCGGUUAUUGGUACUCCUAGCUGGGAAGAAUUUACUCAAUUAUUAGCACAACGAUAUUUCGAUAAAUACAAAGCAAAACCUCACUGGGCAAAAGAAUGGGAAUUUAUUCCAAAUGUGAAAUCUUAUCUUUCUGAAGUUUUAUCUGAUCAAAUUAACCAAUUUGAGAAAGUACGUGUAAAGUACGACCCUGGUAAAAUUUUCUUUGAUAAUAAGUCUUUGCAAGACAUAUUUAGUCGUGCUUUAG